CGUAGCUCAUACCCUCGCGAGCCUUUCUCUAACUUUUGCCACUAGGAGCAGCACCAUGCUUGGCAUCCUUCUCCGCCUGCUUUCUUUCCUCGGUUUCAUCUUCGUCACCGCAGCUGCACAAAACCCGCCACCUUAUCGUCCCUCUGAAAUGAUACUCAUCAACUGCGGUGCAUCAUCUGAUGAUGCAUCAGGAGACGGCAGGCUUUGGAGCGGUGAUGUCCAGUCCAAAUUCUGUCCCUUCAACUCUCAGACCUCCCCAGCUUCUGAAGCCUAUCAACAAGACCAGUCAGUAGACCGCGUACCGUAUAUGACAGCCAGAAUAAUUCACUCUAAACUCACCUGCACUUUCCCUGUCUUGCCCGGUCCAAAAUUUAUCCGUCUCUACUUCUAUCCAGAUACAUACUCAGAUCUCAGUGCAUCGGAGUCCUUCUUCACCGUCACUGCAAAUAAUUACACUCUUCUUAGCAACUAUAGUGCCUAUCUAGCUGUUUCUGCUAAUAAAAACCAAACAGGUCCCUACAUCUUCAAGGAAUUUAUAGUCACUGUAUGGGACAACCAAGAGCUAAAAUUGACAUUUACUCCAUCUCCAAGCUCUUUUGCAUUCAUUAAUGGCAUAGAAAUUGUUUCCACACCAAAUGGUCUCUAUACAAGAGACAUGAAUAAUCCUUAUACCCUUGUAAACUCCGAUUUAAAUACUGCCUUUCAGUUCGAUAACGCCACCUCUCUGGAAACAGUUAUCAGGCUAAAUGUUGGAGGUCAAAACGUAAAUGAUACAGGGAUGUUUCGAACAUGGCGUGAGGAUUCCAAAUACAUCUUUGGUGGAGCAUAUGGCACUGCUCAUAAGUGGCGUGAUGAUGUGACGAUAAAAUACACCAAGGAUACCCCUGCAUACACUGCACCACCUGCUGUUUACAUUACUAAACGCUCCAUGGGUCCUGAACCUCGCGUGAAUCUAAAUUACAACCUCACUUGGCACUUCCCUGUUGAUUCCGGGUUCAAGUACCUUGUCAGGCUCCAUUUCUGCGAGACUGACAAUUUUAUUACUGAUAUAAAUCAACGGGUGUUUUUCAUAUUCAUCAAUAAUGUGACAGCAGAAAUUGAAGCAGAUGUAUUCCACUGGAGCGGCGGUAGGGAUAUUCCAGUAUAUAAAGACUAUGUCAUUGAUGUCCCGGAAGGAAGCCCCAGCAACCAGGAUUUAUGGCUCGCUCUACACCCCAAUAUCCAUUCAAAUCCUACAUAUGCUGAUGCCAUCUUGAACGGUAUAGAGAUAUUCAAGCUGAACAAAUCAGAUGGUAAUCUCGCCGGACCAAACCUUGAACUAGUAGUGGUUCCUGGACCACCAGAGCAGCGCCCAAACUUAGAGGGGAGGACGAGGAAAGAGUCAUCUCAUGUUGUAGUUAUUGUUGGAGCUGUUGUAGGCGUUGUAUUUGCUUUCGCUCUAAUCUUAUAUUUCUCUGUCUACCGACCAAAAUCGAAAGCCAAGGACAAGUCGUCCAUUCUCCUAUUCUCUUACACAUCUAGCUGUGCCACAAUUGCUUUACCACUGCCGACUGAUCUUUGUCGUAAAUUCACGAUAGCCGAGAUCAGAGCAGCUACAAGAAAUUUUGACGAUCAAACUGUUAUUGGUUCAGGGGGAUUUGGUACUGUGUACAAAGGCUACAUUGAGAGUGGUUCCAUACCAGUUGCCAUCAAACGGCUAGCUUUAUCUUCGAAGCAAGGGAUCCGCGAGUUCCACACAGAGAUUGAAAUGUUGUCCAAGCUCCGCCACCUUCAUCUUGUGUCUUUGAUUGGAUACUGCGAUGAUCAAGGUGAGAUGAUACUUGUAUAUGAGUACAUACCGCAUGGUAACCUUCAAGAUCAUCUGUACAAAACAAAGAACCCUCCUCUUCCGUGGAAGCAAAGACUACAAAUAUGCAUAGGUGCGGCACGAGGGUUGCACUAUCUUCAUACGGGUGCAAAGCAUAGCAUCAUCCACCGUGAUGUGAAGUCAUCAAACAUACUAUUAGACCGGAAUUGGGUGGCCAAGGUUUCGGAUUUUGGCUUGUCAAAAACAGGUCCCACUGGUGAUGGCCAAACACAUGUCAGUACUGUUGUUAGAGGUAGUUUUGGGUAUCUUGAUCCAGAAUACUAUCGCAGGCAACAGCUCACUGAGAAAUCAGAUGUGUACUCAUUUGGGGUGGUGUUGUUUGAAGUACUAUGUGCCCGGCCACCAGUGGUCUCAAGCCUACCAAAAGAAGAAGUGAUUUUGGUUGAUUGGGCACGAAAAUGCUACCGCAGAGGAGCCCUUGAUCAGAUUAUUGACCCACGGUUGAAAGGUGAUAUAGCAGCUGUCUCUUUAAACAAGUUCGGAGAGAUUGCUGAUUAUUGCCUGCGUGACACAGCAACUGAACGGCCGACAAUGGGUGAUGCGGUAUGGAGCCUUGAAUUUGCCUUGCAGCUUCAAGAAACUGCUGAGAAAUUUGUCAAUGGCGGCGACGUUUUCAGUGAGAGCCAGAUAGGGUCAUCUGUAACACAAGAAGUGACUACCACUGAUGAUGAUGAGCUAUUUACACUUUCAGGUGGACCAAUGUCAGAUUCAAGGAGCACAGUUAGCACUGGUGAAGGGAGUGCCAGCAACAAAUUGAUCCUGUCAGGGACUGUAUUUUCACAAAUAAUGAAUCCACAGGGACGAUGAAUUUGUCCUUCUUCUCUUCUCUGUUUCUAGUAAUAAUUAGCAUGUGUAAUGCUACAUUCAGUAGUAUCUUCAAUUUGCUCGAAGGUAGCUAGACUUGUUCUUCCUGAUCA